CACAUGCACGACAACAAGAACAAGGAACAAGGAACAAGGAACAAAGCACGCACCACGCACCAGCAGCGACAAGAACAACACACGCAGCCACCAUGCACCUGUGCGUGUGUGGCACGGAAGAGUGCUACGACGAUGCAGACGCCCAGACGGGCAAGCACACGCGGUACCAGAUCCACGUCAAUGGCUGCUACCACUGCUCUGUUCGCUACAGCGAGCUCCUCAACUUGCACUCCCAGAUCAGACUCAGUUUGGGUCCGUCACGCCGCGUUCCCUCCCAAGCGCCUCAUGCCCUAUACGAUGAAGGGGUGGAGCAGCGUCGUCGCGAGCUCGACAUCUAUCUCAGAGCAGUUGCGCAGCAUCAGGGCAUCCGCCACAGCGGCAUCGUCGCAGCCUUCCUCGACAGCGCUCUCAAGGACGAUGAUGAUGGCGACGGUGAUAAGGAUCACGGUGAUAAUGGUGAUGUUGAUAAUGGUGAUGUUGAUAUGGUUGCAAACCAUACAUCGUCGUCGGCGUCAUCGUUGUCACCAGCCCCGCUCGCAAUCUCUCUCAUCACCAAGAAGGAAAUUACGGUCACGUGCACGCGCACAGACAGGACACCAGCAGUCUUGCAGCGUGCUUGCAAGCAUCUUCGUGUGAGCGAACAGUUCACCGACAAGUUUGCCCUCUUCCUCGUCACUGCGGACCUUGGGACGACUGUUCGCCGGCUGCAGUCGUUUGAAUCACCGCUCCUCUCUCUUCACCGCCACGGCAAAGACACGCACCGCAUCCAGUUGCGCAAAGGAUAUUUCGAUCCCGCGUGCGAGGACGAGAUGCUGGACGACGCCGCGGCACAACAACUCAUUCGAGCACAGGCUGUGCAUGAGCUGCGAGCGGGACAGCUGGCGUGUGAGGACGAACACAUGCACGAGAUCAAACGCCUCAAGUCCGCCGGCGACACACGCGCAUUCUUGCAGGCGUGUCGGCAGGUGCAUGGAUACAACGCGGUCUUCAUUGCCGAUUGCGCGAGCGAUUUUCCGCAGCCGAACACGCCCGCCACCCUCAUCCUCACCCACAACGCAGUCCGCAUUCGGACGGAGGGCGAUGACCGCCACGAAUUUGUGUUUCCAAUCCGUCGCAUUCGCCACUGGCAGGUGUCGGGUUCGUCGCCGGAGUCGCUCGCGUUCCGCUUCGAUUAUCAGCGCGAGGGCGGCACCAUCUCCACAAUCACCGUUUCGACGCCGUGUGCCAUCCAUGCGAGCAUGUGCCUGCAGGCAGCCGUUGACGAAAUUAUCCAACUGCGACAGCGGCGCAUCAGCGGUGACGAAGGCGACAGGAGACGGCCAAGUGAAGAGCAGCGAACACAACGACGACGACAACAACGACAGACCGGUGGCGAUGGCGGUGAUGGUGGGACACAUGCACGCAGCAGCCAUCAUGCGCACGGCAACGGUGCCAGCAGCGGCAGCGGGAAGAGGUCUGCGCCAUCAACACCCGCCAAGCCGACGAAAUCGCGAACGUCAGCAGUCAUUGAUGAGGCCGACAUCUCGCAAGGCCACCACUUUGGUCUGACACAACAGGACGUCUUUGGCGACAACGACCUCUAGAUCAACAACCAUCUCCAUUGCUCACACAUGUAAACAUCACACAUGCAUCAUACAUGUAUACAUCACACAUGCAUCUCACACAUAAUUCACACAUCACACAUCUCACAUCUCACACACAUACUCUUUCCACCUCUCUCUCGCAUGCGGAUUCACUCAUAUACAGCAUGUUGUGUACAUGGCUGUCCGCGCCCCCUUUUGCUCCCCCCACCCUCUCUGCCCACUGUCUGCUGGAUUAGCUUUCUGUCGCCUCUGGCCUUGGUUUCCCUUGUUCGGUUUCUAUUGACACGCCCACAAUAGGUUUCGUCAUCAUCGCACGGCGUGCGGCUUGUGUGGCAUGUUACAAUCAAUCUACGCAUGUCUCUGUCGACACUAUGCAUUGAACCGUGUUGAACUG